GGUGAAUAGGAGGGUGGUAGUGGAGGUGGUACAAGGGAAGACAUCAUAAGGAACCCAGCUUGCCAGCUGGACAGCAGCAGGUGGAGGCUGUUUCCUCUUCAAAGGAAGCAACACCCAAGACAGCCCAGGGAGCCCCCGAAAUGCACCAGCCUAGACUGUGUCACCACCCCAGUCUGGCACAGAGGGAAGGCACAAAUACGUGACAAAUGGAGAAUGCCUCCCGGGCACGGACACCUCCAGCCCAGGCCUCCCCAGUGCGGACACCUCCAGCCCAAGCCUUACCAGCAAGGACACCUCCAGCCCAGGCCUCACCAGCAGGGACACCUCCAGCCCAGGCCUCACCAGCAAGGACACCUCCAGCCCAGGCCUCCGCGGCAAGGACACCUCCAGCCCAGGCCUCCCCGGCAAGGACACCUCCAGCCCAGGCCUCCCCGGCAAGGACACCUCCAGCCCGGGCUUCUUCCACCCACAAAUCACCUUCCAGGUCAUCGUCUAGCAGGUCAUCUGCCAACUCAGCCUCCACGACAUCCUUCCCAACAAAAGCAUAUCUUGUUAGAGCAACACCAGUUGCUGUCCCGAUCCAAGCAUCUCCUGCCAGGUCAGCAACUUCUGCCAGGACCACCAGGCAGAGGCUAGGUGUCCGCUUGCCCAAAUUUUCCUGGCAGGAGAGCAAGAAGCAGCUGCCACUCAUCGGGUGCAUCCUCCUCCUUAUUGCCCUCGUGGUCUCACUCAUCAUUCUCUUCUACUUCUGGCAAGGCCACACGGGAAUCAAGUAUAAAGAGGCAAUAGAGAGCUGUCCCAUACACGCUGUUCGCUGUGAUGGGGUUCUGGACUGUAAGCUGCAGAGUGACGAGCUAGGCUGUGUGAGGUUUGACUGGGACAAAUCUCUGCUUAAAGUCUACUCUGGAUCCUCCCAUGAGUGGCUUCCCAUCUGCAGCAGCAGCUGGAAUGACUCUGACUCUCAGAAGACCUGCCAGCAGCUGGGGUUUGAGAGUGCUUACCGGACAACUGAGGUGGCUCACAGAGAUUUUGCCAGCAGCUUCGCAAUCUCGGAAUACAACUCCACCAUCCAGGAAAGCCUCCGCAGGUCUGAAUGCCCUUCCCAGCGGUACGUCUCUCUCCAGUGUUCCCACUGUGGACUGAGAGCCAUGACUGGGAGGAUCGUGGGAGGAGUGCUGACCUCAGGGAGCAAGUGGCCCUGGCAAGUGAGUCUGCACUACGGCACCACCCACAUCUGUGGGGGCACACUCAUCGACCCCCAGUGGGUGCUCACCGCUGCCCAUUGCUUCUUUGUGACCCGGGAGAAGAUGCUGGAGGGCUGGAAGGUGUAUGCAGGCACCAACAACCUGCACCAGCUGCCUGAGGCAGCCUCCAUUGCCCAGAUCAUUAUCAAUAGCAACUACACGGAUGAACAGGAUGACUAUGACAUUGCCCUCAUGAGGCUCUCCAAGCCCUUGACCCUAUCCACACACAUCCACCCUGUCUGCCUCCCCAUGCAUGGACAGACCUUUAGCAUUAACGAGACCUGUUGGAUCACGGGCUUUGGCAAGACCAAGGAAACAGAUGAGAAGACAUCACCCUUCCUCCGGGAGGUGCAGGUCAGCCUCAUUGACUUCAAGAAGUGCAAUGACUACUUGGUCUAUGACAGCUACCUUACCCCUAGGAUGAUGUGUGCUGGGGACCUUCGAGGAGGCAGAGACUCCUGCCAGGGAGACAGUGGGGGGCCUCUUGUCUGUGAGCAGAACAACCGCUGGUACCUGGCAGGCGUCACCAGCUGGGGCACAGGCUGCGGUCAGAGAAACAAACCUGGUGUGUACACCAAAGUGUCAGAAGUCCUUCCCUGGAUCUACAGCAAGAUGGAGAGUGAGGUGCGCUUCCGGAAAUCCUAACCAGCUCUCCAGCUCUCCCCACAGCACCGACUGCUGUGAAGACUCUGGCUGAAGGCCCUGGGCCAUUUGCAACAUCUGGGCACCUUCAUCACCAGGCACCUUCAUCACUGCCACCUCCACUGUCUGCUGCUUCUG